CCUGGCCUGGUCUUUUUAACAGGCACCGGAGCCGUUUUCCUUCUCCAGAACGUGAUCAGCAAGAGGUGGCCCUAUGCGCUGCAGUGGAAGGUGCUGCUGUCUGUGGUGGCAGGUUCCAUCGCUGGCUACGCUGUGACCAAAGCAGAGACCCAGCAGUGUUCCAACCUCUGGAUCUACCUGGAGACAGGGCAGUUACCGCAGGGAGAAACCAGAGAAAAACUCCCCAGCCCAGAACCCACAGAGGACGAAGAAUCGAGGGUGAAGAGGACCAAAUAUGGAGAUGAAAUGGAGUAGCUGGAGAAGCUUUGAGCAACUUCCCUGGGCCCAUGGUGGCUUCAGCCCUGCUCCUGUUGCAUGUCCCCAGGGCUGUAGCCACAGGGUGAUACCAAGGGACACAGCAGCAUGCCACCCCUGGCCAGGCAGUCAGGAGUAGGGAAGUGUGUGGGGAACCUUCAGCUCUCGCUGACCUCUGAGGGAGCAGCAGCAGCUGUUGGGUGGUUAAUAAAGGUAUACUGGAGAUG